GCGGCCGCCCGCGGUGACUUUGCGGCAUGGAGGGCAGCUUCGGCUCCGACUUCGGCUCCGACUUCGGCUCCGGGGGUGGCGGCGGGGAGAAGCUGGACCCGGGGCUCAUCAUGGAGCAGGUGAAGGUGCAGGUCGCCAUGGCCAACGCUCAGGAGCUCUUGCAGCGCAUGAUGGACAAGUGCUUUCGGAAGUGCAUCGGAAAGCCCAGUGGCGCGCUGGACAAUUUGGAGCAGAAGUUCAUCGCCAUGUGCACGGACCAGUACAUGGACGCCUGGAAGACGUUUUCCCGAGCCUACAACUCUCGGCUGCAUCAGGAGAGAGCCAACAUGUGAA